GGCGAACCGGAUGGACGUGCUUGAUCCUUCAGUGGACUUAAGCAUAUAAAUAGAGGUUUUGGUGGGUAGCCUUUUUCACAACACAGACACACCAACGUCACGCUUGCAAGCAAGGAAGUACACCAUGUUGAAAGAAGCGCUGUUGUUUCUUAUCGUGUCUCUGGCUGUAGUUGUUAUAACGGAAGCACGUGGCCGGUGCGACCGCAAUGGAGCAGACGGAUGUAGCAUCCCCGGUAAACUCCCCUUUUUCUACAAGAAACGGUUUAAGGCAGCAUGUAACAAACACGACAUCUGUUACUACUGUGGUAGCGCUCGACACGUCAGCCGGAAGUCGUGCGACAGUUACUUCCUGUCCAACAUGAAGAAGACGUGCAACUGCCUGACGCCAUUUUGUAAUCGUACUGCCUGGGUCUACUACCUCGCCGUUAGGGCCGGCGGUCACAAGUACUUCCAAAAUCAGUCGGCGUGGUUUUGCAACCAGAGUUGGGUUCCCAGUUGCAUGAAAUAGGCCAAACAUUCGCAAAGAGGGAGGUAACUCCACGUUUUGAGAAUAAACAAGGCAACACAA